UCCCACAUCCACAACAAACACUUGCACCAUCUCCACAAAGAGAAGAAUGGCACAAAUGUGGCUCUUGUGGUUGCCAAAAUGCAUCUCCACCACCACCUCCAAAAUCGCCAGUGCAAACAAUACAGCGAGCACUGUUUCUCCGGCCGCCGCCACUGCAGCGGCCAGCACUACAAUGGUAGAUGACAAUGGACAGCAUUGUCGUUGUGGGGGACUAACAAAGGUGAUAAAGAAGCUUAAGAGGCAAGGAAGAAUGAUACGGGCCGCCACUGCAAGCAGGCAAUCAUCUUUCCAAUGCGGAUAUGACCCAUUAAGCUAUUCUCUCAACUUUGAUACAAGUGGGUGUGGGAGUAUGAUGGAUGAUCGAGAUUACUAGAAGUUUUGUGCUUUCUCAAGAUUUGUUGGGAACCCAACAACUUCUUGUCCAAGACUAGCACCCAAUUCUCACUAGAUACUUUAUUACAUACAAAUUUAUUAGUAUAUUAUUCCUUUUUAAUCUUUUGGAAUUUUGUUUUUAGUUUUAGUUUAA